CUCUAAUUCUCUUAGCGAGUCCGGACCGGCCACCUCCAACUCGGAAGGGCUUCGGCGGCUGGGGCGGCGAGGCACGCAGGCGGCGGGCGGGAUGAGCGCGGCGUGUCGCGGAGCGGUGCGGACGCUGCGGGUUCCCGGCUGCCACGGCUAUGCAGCCGAGUUUUCCCCGUACUUGCCGGGCCGCCUGGCCUGCGCCACCGCGCAGCACUACGGCAUCGCGGGCUGUGGAACCCUGCUAAUACUGGAUCAAAAUGAAUCUGGGCUUAGGCUUUUUAGAAGCUUUGACUGGAACGAUGGUUUGUUUGACGUGACCUGGAGUGAGAAUAAUGAGCAUAUACUGGUCACCUGUAGUGGUGAUGGCUCGUUACAGCUCUGGGACACCGCCAGAGCCACAGGGCCACUGCAGGUCUACAAGGAACACACUCAGGAGGUGUACAGUGUUGAUUGGAGUCAAACCAGAUGUGAACAGCUUGUGGUGUCUGGCUCAUGGGAUCAAACUAUCAAACUGUGGGAUCCAACUGUUGGAAAGUCUCUGUGCACCUUUAGAGGCCAUGAAAGUGUCAUUUAUAGCACGAUCUGGUCGCCCCACAUCCCUGGUUGCUUUGCUUCAGCCUCAGGUGAUCAGACUUUGAGAAUUUGGGAUGUGAAGACAACAGGAGUCAGAACUGUGGUUCCAGCACAUCAGGCAGAAAUUCUGAGUUGUGACUGGUGUAAAUACAAUGAGAAUUUGCUGGUGACAGGGGCAGUUGAUUGUAGUUUGAGAGGCUGGGACUUGAGGAAUGUACGACAACCAGUAUUUGAACUUCUUGGUCACACCUAUGCUAUUAGGAGAGUGAAAUUUUCACCAUUUCAUGCUUCCGUGUUGGCCUCUUGCUCCUAUGAUUUUACUGUAAGAUUCUGGAACUUUUCAAAGCCUGACCCUCUUCUUGAAACAGUGGAACAUCAUACAGAAUUUACUUGCGGUUUAGAUUUAAGUCUUCAGAGUCCUACUCAGGUGGCUGACUGUGCUUGGGAUGAAACAAUAAAGAUAUAUGAUCCUCUUUGUCUUACCAUGCCUGCUUGAGAUAAACUACUGUACUCAGAAACAAUGGAUAUCACUGAAGAACUGCUUAGCAGGAAAUAAAUGAUUGAUAACAUAGAGUUUAUGUUUUUAUAUACUAUUCAGAUUUCAAAAUUUAAAAAUUUAUUCUGGAAUCAGUUUUGAGGAAGCUGAUAAAGACUUUGGCUCACUAUUUAAGCCUGGUACAUAAGCCAUAUUUCUUAAAAUCCUAAGGAAUAUAGAAGUUAUGAUAUAUCUUGUAGUAUCUAUUAAAAUAUAACCUUUCUAGUAUAAAAUGGAUUAAAAUAUGAGAGAUCUAUAGAUUAUAUUGAUAGUGAUAUAUUUCAUUUUUAAUUUGUCAUUUUUGAUGAAAAUAUAAUCACUACUGUUGAUAAAAAUCACAAUAAACUGCAUCUCUUGAUCAUUUAUGAUUUUAUGACACCCCUAACAAGGUUACUUUUUCGAAUAUAGUAUAUAUAUAUAUAACACUAUAUAAUAUAGAUAUAUCUAUGGUUCAGUAACAGGGCUCUAAUAAUCACUGAUUUAUUCAGCAGUUAUUUAUUGAGCAUCUACUGUGUGCUUGAUACACAGAAUGAAUGAGAUUCUUUCAAGGACUGGUGUCUGUCAUGCUUUAAGAACAUGGAUGCAGAGAGUUAAGAGCUUACGUGUAUUUUACAUUUAUUCAUAUAUUUUUAGAUGUUAUACCCAUGACCCUAUGUCUCUCUUCCUAUCUCUCUACAAUCAAAUUUUUAAAAAACUGGUCACUGGGCAAAAAGUCUUAGGUCCCACCAAGGUUUCAAGCAAUUACCCUUGAAACUAAGUAAUGAAAGCCCUAAGUAAUGCUGUAAACCCUCCUUACUACCUCCCUGAGUCUUGAAAAACCUUUAGGUGUGAUGACCUAUAAAAAAUAAGGUUAAAAGGGAAAAAUUAGUAGAAUAGACAACUUUGCAUAUAACUUAUGUUUUUGUAUAAUAUUAAAAUAAAAUGUGUUAUAAAUAGCAAAAAUUGUCAUUAAAUUUUUAACAAGUUUUUGAGACUUUUUUAAAGAGCAAAAUAUACUUGUAGUAAUCAGAACAAAAAUAAAUGUAAAUAUAUGUAUAUUGUCUAAUUUACAUAUUUCCCUGUUUACUUGUUACAGAAAAAAAAUUAAGACAGCUCACAAAACACAAAAACAAGACCACAAGAACAAAAGGAGACAUAAAGUGGAGCCAGGAGUGGGCUUGAAAAUAUAUGCCUUAAAGUCCUAGAAAGUUGCUACUGGCAGCAUAAAUGGGAAGUCUGGUCAAGUACACAAUGCUGCCCAAGGCCUGAGGGCAAGGACUUCGUCCUAGUCCCUGGCUUGGCCCUAGCAUCAUGCCUGGUACAUAGAAAGUGCUCAGUGAAUCUUUGUCAAAUGAAUGAAUGGUCUCACAGAAAUUAUAACUCUUUUCAGUUCUUAGAGCAAUCAAUGCUAAUUGUUUUUGAGAGGCCCGCAUAGAGAGGACACUGCUUCUCAUGAAUGUCUUGUAAGGAACAAGGUGCUCAAACACAUUCUUCGAUGUGUCACGAUGAUUAGGUUGGUUCAUAGAGCUGCUUUGUGUUGCAUGCAGUUCAAUAAAAGUGGGUUCACAGUGAAUGUUCUCUGUAUCGGCAGGAUUUAUAAUAGACCUUUUAAAAUACCUAACCCAGAUCAU